UUAGCUCCUACUAACAGUGGUGGUUGGGUAGCUGAUAACUGGGUUUCUCGCCCUUUUAAGGUCUAUCAAAUAGGAAAUUGGAAGCAAAUUCCCGUGCUUUGAUUGUGUUGGUUUCUUAUUUGAAUUUAACAACACUGCCACUUGCAGGUUCUAUGCUAUUUUUUAGAAAACCAUAAUCUAUUUUCUAACCUGACCUGUCAAAAGAGUGUGGAAUUUGGACGAGGACACUCCUCAAAGUACAAUAUUUGUUAUGUGACACUGUUAUCUCUAUAACUUGGCUCCCUGCCAUAAACCAGGAUUCUGUUCUAGUAAGGAUGCGUACUGAUUCGACACCAUUUGUAUGGUCAUUCCUAUAGUUGUAUCUUUAGGCUGCUAAGAGUUUCAGUACACUUGGCGAUAAUCCACAGGACUUUAUAGAAUUUAGGUCAUCAAUCCUUACAAAGUACCGUGUCUUACUAAUGUUCCUUCUAGCACAUUCAGAUUGAAAUGGCUCAUUCAUUAUUAGUCCCAAGCAUUUUCAGUUUGUUAUAAACAUAUACCCUUUUAUAAGUUUGGGUUCUUUUUUUUUUAAUAUAGAAGUCUAUUUUUUACUUUUUUUUUUUUCCCAAAUACCAGCUUCCCAAAUUAACUAUGUACUUAAUCCGUUUCUGAAGGGACCCACGUUUAAAGGUGAAGAUUGUUCUAUCUCCAGAUACUUUUGUAUUGAUUACCAGUGAGGGUGGAAACGUCACAGUGGUUUUUAUUUGUACAGAUUAAAAUCUGGAUUGAGACAUUAAACAAAUGCCAGCUGAAACUAGUAUUCUUUAUAAAGAAGAAACUUAUUUAGCGUUUUACUUUAAAGUGUGCCAAUGGUGUAACCCCAUGUUACUUCAGUUAUUCGGUCCUCAUAACAUUUCUGUCCUCUGCAUUCGUUUUGAUUUUUGUUGCAAAAUGAAUCAAGCUUGUUUUAGUUAAUCAUUUUAAUUUCACACUUUUUAUUUUCUUAUUAAUUUCAAUUUUCAAAGUCUGGUGGCAAAAUUAUUUUCUAUUUUAGAUAUUCAGUGUUUUCUCUGAUCAUAUUAAGAAAUAGUCAUGCCUUCUCCAAAAGCAGUGAGGCAUGUACAUUUAUUGAUAGGGUAUCUGUAUGAGAAAAUAUCCUGUCAUAGAAUUGAGGUGCUGAUACUAAUCAACAUAAAGAAAUGGAUUCUGUCGUCCUUGGGAGGACAGAUACCAUUUAAAAAUUCAACCUUUUUAACAAUAUUCUGUUAAAUGGCUAAAAUUAAAUAUGUCAAAUCUUGGAAAUUAAAAUUUUACAGGAUUGAGUUUUUUAUAUUUAAGAGCUAAAUUUAUUUUUGUCAUCUGAGACUAUGUUGCAACUCUGAAACAUCUACCUGCUAAAUUCACUUAUUAGCUGAUCCCCUUUUUUAAAGUGUUCUAAUGCACAUGAAAGAUUGUGAAAAUGUUGCUUUUUAAAUUUGGAAACUAUACUGAGGGUACAUAGGCAAUUUAAUCCAUACAACAGGGCAGAAAGUAAGGAUUUUCAAUAAUGAAGGAAGAGAAGAUAUCAAAGAUUAUAAAUCAAAAGCACAUGUUUGCCCUAUUGAAACUCUGGGACUUCAGGUGUUUUUAUACAUGUGUAAUAUAUGUUUAAUAGUUUUAAUUAACAAAUAUUGUAAUUUUUGGCUACUAUUCCUCCAAGUAUUAUCAGUCUUAGUAAGCAUAAAUUAUCAAAUUAGCUUUCUUUCUCUAUUGUUCUGUUUUUUAACAAUUCCCUUUAUUAGUGUUCCUGAAGUUAUAUAUGAGGUUUUACAUUACGACUGCAGAAAUAAGAAUUACCGUAUCAGUCUUCAAAAAUGCCAAAUUCCAUAGGGCCCAGUAGUGUAUUUCUUAUUUAGCAAUUUUUUUAAUCAACGUAAUAUAUAGGUCUCUAAAUAAAUCCCUUUAGAAUAUUUUAUUUUAUUCUUGCUAAAUAGAAUGACUACCUGUAUUGUGUAUGCACAGCUGUUUGACCAAAAUAAAAGACGAUUGAUUUAGAACAGAGUUUGUUACCAUCUGUGUGCUUGUUUAAAUGGUCACAAUAGGAACUGUCUGAAUGACUUCUGCUCUCUGCUGGGUUCUGGAAUCUCUGAUGAGUUUAAUGUAAAAAGGGAGCAAUGAGAGGACAAUAUAGAUAUGUAACUAUGUUGAUAUAGUCUAUUUCUUAUUUUGACAUCAUGUUUAACAUUUAUGUUAUCUCACUUGACACUUUAAAGUUGGUGUUGGUAUUAGGAGAUCUGCACAUCCCACACCGCUGCAACAGUUUGCCGGCUAAAUUCAAAAAACUACUGGUACCCGGAAAGAUUCAGCACAUUCUCUGCACCGGGAACCUCUGCACCAAAGAGAGUUAUGACUAUCUCAAGACUCUAGCUGGUGAUGUUCAUAUUGUGAGAGGAGACUUCGAUGAGAAUCUGAAUUAUCCAGAACAGAAAGUUGUGACUGUUGGACAGUUCAAAAUUGGUUUGAUCCAUGGACACCAAGUUAUUCCAUGGGGAGAUAUGGCCAGCUUAGCCCUGUUGCAGAGGCAAUUUGAUGUGGACAUUCUUAUCUCGGGACACACACACAAAUUUGAAGCAUUUGAGCAUGAAAAUAAAUUCUACAUUAAUCCAGGUUCUGCCACUGGAGCAUAUAAUGCCUUGGAAACAAACAUUAUUCCUUCAUUUGUGUUGAUGGAUAUCCAGGCUUCUACAGUUGUCACUUAUGUGUACCAGCUAAUUGGAGAUGACGUGAAAGUAGAACGAAUCGAAUACAAAAAAUCUUAAAGCUAGGCCUGUCUUGAUGAUUUUUGUUUUUUUCCAUUCCCGUUUAAAUCAAGUAAUUAAACAUUUAAAGCCACAGAAUUGUAUCACUUUUAUAGUAUUUUGCAGUAAAAUAUAAUAUCUUCUCUGUUAAUACAUAAUUGCUAUAAGCUUCUUGUAAGCUUUAAGAACAUAUUUAGUUCCCAGUAUAUGAUUUCUAUGAAAAAAUGUCCACCACAUAGUAAAUGAUCAGCUAUUGAAAGAAAGUUUAUCCUGGUAAAUAUCUUCAAACUUGACUCUUGGAACUUUACUAUGAAAGUAGUGCAUGAGGAGGAAGAACCUAGACUUGUAUACACUUUUCUCCAUUCAGAAAUAAACUUUUAUCUUCCAUUUAUACUUUCUUCAUAACUUGUUUUUAAUUUAAAAAGCCAUAAAAAAUGAGAGACCAAAUGAAACUAUGUAGAUAAGUAUUCAAGUGAUGGGCAGAUGAGAAGACAUUUCA